GUAGUGAAAGCAGGCGCGCUCCCGACAAUGACAGCGAGAGGGACGUGCAAGCUCGUGCGCGCGCGAGAGAGAAACAGAGUUUGAGUCACUCGCAUCACUGACGCUAUCAAAGCUAUCAAAACUCGCCAAGUGUUUGCCCUCGACUAUCCUUGAAGCUGUUUGAAGGUUUGUUUUCCUGGAAUACAAAGGGAACAUUGUUUUUUUUUUUGUUUUUUUUCUUCGGGGUUUAAUACCUCACCUCAGCAGCUCUCUGGCACAUUUUGGCGUCGCGAUGUCUUAUUUAUUUUCCUGCACUUGUUGGAACAGGUAAAUUGUGCUCAAAUACCAAAGUGUGACAGAGAAACGACACAGUAUCUACAUCUGACUGCAAAAGAAACAUGGAUCCCCUCACCUUCAAAUCCCAACGUUUUCAUCUUCUGCUCUUCAUCGCUCUGUGCAUCUUUCCUGGAUCACUGGCCCAGACUUCGAUCCCCAGGGGCUGUGGAGAUAAUGUGGACUCCUUAUAUUUCAACCUCUGUGACCUGACAGCAGUCUGGGGUGUUGUAGUUGAGGCAUUUGCAGCUGCUGGUUUGGUGGCAUCCCUGAUUCUUCUGAUCGUGCUGCUAGCCAGUCUUCCCUUCGUCACUGACAGGAAGUGGCGCAGUUCGUUGGGGCUUCACGCAGGGUUCCUCAUCUUCACAUUUGGACUGUUCGCCCUCACAUUCGCCUUCAUCGUUGGAAAAAACUUCACUACAUGCGCAUCACGCCGCUUUCUUUUCGGUGUGCUGUUCGCCGGCUGCUUCUCUUGCCUUCUCAUGCAAGCCAUCAGGUUGAACAUACUGGCCAGGAGGAACUCGGCGCCCAGAGGUUGGGUUUGGUGCUUGGGGGCUCUGGGGCUCUGGCUGGUAGAAGUUGUCAUCAACACCGAAUGGCUAAUCAUUACUAUUGUACGAUACCCAACUAACAUCACUGGAAUUCUGGCUUCUGCUACCGCUAUUCCCUGUAAUAUCGAAAACCAGGAUUUUGUCAUGGCGCUCAUUUACGUUCUAAAUCUACUAUUGGUGGUCGUGGUGGCAUCCGUGCCCAUAUUGGCAGGUAAGCACAAGCGUUGGUGCAAAGAUGGAGCCUUCAUCCUGGUCAUAGGACUGCUGUCAGUGGGCAUCUGGGUGGCGUGGAUUGUCAUGUAUCUGUACGGGAACGCAAAGCACGGUGGGCCGACAUGGAAUGACCCCACAUUGGCUAUAGCAUUGGUGUCAAACGCUUGGGUGUUUCUGCUGCUCCACACGGUGCCGGCGGUGUGUAGCCUGAGUGAGGAAGAUGAAGAUGCAGCUGUUGAGGAAAAUCUGUACCCCAGCAGAGGGUACGAGACCAUUCUGAAGGAGCAAAGUACACAGAGCAUAUAUAUGGAGAAUAAGGCCUUCUCUAUGGAUGAGCCCAAUGCAGGUAAUAAGCCUGUGUCCCCAUACAGCGGCUAUAACGGCCAACUCCGAAGUUGUGUUUACCAACCGACAGAACUAGCCAUCAUCACCAAAGGAGUGGUCAAUCAACAGAUGGAAUCGUAUGACAAUAUAAUUCCACGAGCAUCCACAGGCACUCCUCCCAGACCCCAGAACAGCCACACCAGCCCCACCACACAACUUGAUGAUAUGAGACAAAUAUAUACAAAUGUAUGAGAGGGUGGAAGAAGGAAACAGGUCUAAUAAACUAAACUGGAAAUUUCAACAGAAGACCCCAGUGAUCAUCUCACACCGACUUGUUUUUUUUUUUCUGGUGUUUCUAAAUUUCUAAGAUUUAUGAUUUUGUUUUUCUUUCCGUCGCUGUGAUCGACUGCAUAGACCAACUUCUGUGAACUCCGACUAACUGAGCAACAAUUAGUUGGUUUGCUCCACUGAAAGCCAAUGUGUGUUGGGUUAUCUCAACAGCUGAAGACAUUGAGACAUUGUACAGUAUGGCUUGGUUGUGCAUGGGACACAUUAAAAAGAUUAGUUGUACCAAUGGCUGUAUAGACUACUGCAAUGCUACCAGCUGUGUUUACUAAGAAACAGACCAGCCUGUAAAAUAAAUUUGUGCUGGUUUUCUGUCACUCUGUAUAAGGAGUUCUGAAAUGCUGCUUCCACCACUGUAAACAUAGGUGUAUAACGACACCAUACAUAUGCCUAAGCUUUAAAUUACAUGUAUAAAAUGUGCAUUCACAAACGUUUUGGUGCAGCAACAAGACUGAUUAUUUCGUUAUUUUCCCAAAUUUGUAUUUAUUGUAAGUGUAAAGUAGAAUUAAACUCAAUCUGAACAGAAAACCUUUUCAAGCCAGAAGCAAUAAUGUGUUUAUUGAUGUAAAUAUUAAAAUUUGACCGAAUGGGAAAUUCAAGGAUAUUUAUUAACUCUUCGUGCUCUAGUUACAAACGGCUUUCCAUGUGAAAAAUACUAUUUUUGAAUUCUGCAAUGUGAGACUGUUUGUGUGUGUGACCUGGUCAUAGGGAUCUCAUCAGGAUAAUUUCCGAAAGGGAAGUUAGUCGAAUGGAAAAUUCCCUUCACAGUAACUAGUGAUGACAUUUACAUAGAGACUGCUGAUAAGUGUCUCGGUAUGUCAGCCUGAGCUACAGGGUUCCGGAUGGAGGGCUGUAGAAGGUAGACAUUGCGUCAACACAUGACCAAAACACAGGUCAUAGUUCACAUGAUUGUAUUUUGUAUUAUUGUAUUAGCAAUAUUAGAUGUACACUACCUUCCAAAAGUUAAGGGUCAGUACGAUUUUUUGCGUUUAUUCAGCAAGGAUGCAUUAAAUUGUAAAGGCAUUUAUAAUGUUAUACUAUUUUAUUUUUUUUAAAUGCUGUUCUUUUAAACUGUUCAUCAAAGAAUCCUGAAUGCAUUAAGGUUUCCACAAAAAUAUUACAAUUUGUUAAUAACAAGAAAUGUUGCUUAACUUAUUUUAAACUGUAAUAUUACUGUUUUUAUUGUAUUUUCAAGCCAAUAAAUGCAGCCUUGGUGCAAUCUUA